CGCGGGAAAGAGAGCCAUAUAAACGGAGGCGGGAGCCCGCUGCUACGCGUCUCUGUCCACUGGCACCCGAGCAGCUAGGAGGACUUUCGGCCGACCGACUGGUGCUUCUUAGAUUCAUCUCCUCGGGUUCCAACAACAUGGUACGAACUAAAGCCGAUAGCGUCCCGAGCACCUACAGAAAAGUGGUGGCUUCUCGAGCCCCCCGAAAGGUGCUUGGCGCCUACAACUCUGCCACCAGCUCUGCAUCCCCGUCGACUAGAAGAGCUGAAAAUAAGUAUGCAGGAGGGAAUCCGGUGUGUGUGCGCCCAACUCCCAAGUGGCAAAAAGGAAUUGGAGAAUUCUUCAGGCUGUCUUCCCAAGAAGCUGACAAAGAGAAUCUGGCUCCCGAAGAGGCUGGAAGCAGUGGGAUAGGAGUGGCAAACAGAAAAUCACGUCCUGUGCAACCCGAUGACACAGACGACGAACAAGAAUAGAACUUCCUCAUUCAUCUUUGAAUAAUUUGUCCUGUUUACUCCACUAUUCUGAGAUGUAAAUCUGCGUAGAUGUGUUUCUUCCAAUUAGCUUUUUUGAAUAGGCAUUUUAUUUUUAAAAUGAGGCUAAAAUUUAAUUGUUCAAAAGCAAAUAGUCCUGAAAUUGGAAAAUUUGCAAGGUUAUCUUUACUGAAUUUUAUAUUCAAUAGUAUUUUGCUCUUCUGCUUAUUAUUAAACAUGUUCUUGUUAAAAUUAAAUCAUCACAUUAUGUUCAAAUUGUUAAUUGGCUGUACUUAGACUUGCUUAGACCUUUGUACUGAUGUCACUGGAUUACUGAAUUGGUGCUAUAUUGUAUUCCUUUUAUUUGUGCUAAAAAACAAAGUUAGAUUUGUGUACACUUAAAAAAACAGUAUUAAUUAAAUGUGAUCUUUAUCAUUUUUCAGAAUGGGGGCAAAAUAUGGAAUGUUAAAAAAUUUUGGACGGAUAUCUUCUCCAUAAAAAAAUUUAAGGACAGUUUGAUCCUGACAGUGUAAACGGUUGCUAGCCAACAAGAUGAAAUACUAGAAGAGAAUCGGGAGGAUGGUUCCAUAGACUACACUAAUAGGAUUUUUCUUAGGACAUGCAAUUUAUUUGGUGCUAUAGAAUAUUAUCCUUAAGGCCUGUAUUUUCAAAGUUGGAAAGUGAUAAAACUUGAAAUGCAAAUUAUGCUAUAAUAACUUUGAGCUAUGUCUAAAGCUCUUCCGAAUUAUUACCUUUUCCAGGACAACUAAUGAUAUAAUUAGAGAAUUGGGUAUAAUAUUAUUAGGUAACAGUCUAUUGUCAAAAUUAACUGAUGUAACUGGAAUAUUUUUCUGAAAUUUACAAUAAAUGAUGCUUAUUCAAAAUA